AUGUGUAUUGCCUAUGAGGUGGCCCCUGUGGAAACCGUGCUCCUCCUGGGAGAUCAUCAGACUUCUGGGCUGCCAGCCGAGGAGAAACUGGAGCCCUCAUCCAUACUGCAUGGGCUGAAACCCAAGCACCUCUUAGGACAAACCCCGAUCACAUCGCUGCCCCAUAGGCACCAGCUGGAGCCUCCUGGCCGCCGCCUGGGACAAGAACACCAGGCUGAAGCCACCAGCUGUCCCCCCGCCACGCCUGGCUCGGGAGCCGCCUGCAGGAUGGACACGCAAGGCUCUACUGAGAAGAGCUUCCACUACGUGGUCCAAGCGCCCAGCAGUGAGGGGCUGGAUGUGGUGCAUGUGGACCUGAAGGUCAACACGGCCUGGCUGUUCCAGGAUGCGGACAGUGGGGGUGUGGAGCCCGGGUUCCUUCUGGAAGGAGUGGCCAGUGGUCCCAGUGUGGACACAGGGGCGCUCAGGGAGCAACUGGCCUCCUCUGAGCAGAAGCUGCUGGCAGCUGCGGACAAGCGCGUGGUGUCCGAGUCUGGGCUGAGGAGUAGGAUCCGGGAGCUGGAGCUGUCUGAGCAGAGACUGCUGCAGAAGGUGGAGCGGCUGAGCACCUGGGCAGCCCAGGAGAGGAGCACCUCCUUGCAGGCUCAGAGGCAGCUGGAGGUGCUGCAGGACGAGCUUGCCAACCAGGUACCCUCCCCCACUGCGCCCCCUCCCCAGGAGCGCAUGGCCCGGCGGCUGCAGGCGCGGCUGCGGCGCCGGGAUGAGGCGCUGGGCCGGCAGGCGGCGGCCCUGGAGCGUGGGCGGCGGACACAGCGGCGCCAGCUGGGUCUGGCGCGCGAGCAGGAGCGCGAGCUGCGCGCUCAGGUGCGGCGGCUGGAGCGCGACGUGCGGCGCCUAUGCCGCGCCGCAGGCCGACUGCUGGCCGAGCUGGACGCGCCGGCUGGGCCCCGCGCGCAGGGCCCGCACGCGGCGGCGGCGGUGGCGGCGCGCGGGCGGCAGGAGAAGCGAGCCACUGAGCGCCGCCUCCGUGCGCAGCUGGAGGAACUUCGCUGCCGCGUGUUCGAGCUGCAGCUGUCUGAGAUCGGCCUUCAGGGCCAGGUGGAGGACCUCACGCAGCAAAACGAGAGCCUGCGAGAGGAGCUGGGUGCCGAGCCCCCCGGGGAGAAAGCGUGCGGUACGGCCCCCGCUUGCCACUGCGCUCGGCCAGACUGGCGUGUGGCUCUGUGUGAGCGUCUCCCACCCCCGGGGUCCUCAGCCCGGCAGCAGCCCCUGCAGUUGAAAGGGCCCUCUGCCCUCUCCCCGACUAUGCUCACCGACGGCAAGGAAGCAGAGUCGAUGGAGGCCCUGCUGGACUCAGCCCCGCUCUGCGGAGAUCAGGAGGGACUCCGCAGGAAGGUGGGAACUCUGGCGCGGGACCGAGAGAGGCUGGAGCGGAGGGUCUCCGAGCUGCAGCGUGACAAUGACAGGCUGUGGGUGGCCACGUCCCGCCUGCAGACAGAGGCCGCCCAGUACCUGCAGCUCCUCGCCGACCUGGAGGACUGCAACCGCCAGAGCUACGAGCGGCUGCUGGCGCUGGACGAGGAGAAGCGGGCCCUCCAGGGCGCGCUGGCUCAGGCUGGGCGUGCCGCGCGGGAGAAGGAGGAGCUCUGGGUGCUGGUGUCUGAGCUGGGCGCCGGCUACCAAGGCCUGGUCCAGGAUGUGGUGCUGGGCAUGGACGCUGUCCUUGCUGGCCUCCGGGUGGAGAACGACAGGCUGCUCGGCAGGGUCCGAGAGCUGGAGCAGGGGCUAUCCUUGGAGAGCAGGGGGCAGGGGGUCCUGCCGAGAGCUGUGGACAAGGCUGUUCAGGCAGCUCAGCUGUCGGGGCACCAGCUUGCCCGGACCCCCACGCUGUCCUGGGAGGAGGCCAGGGGUCAGGGUGGAGGGCAGGGCCACCCUUUGUUGUGUGCAGAGGAUCCCGGGAUCAGUGUGGACUUUGCUGCUCUGUCCUCCACCUGGGGCAGCAUCCUGACAUCCCGAGUCCAGGAGGUCACCAUCGGAGCAGGAGCGGGCCCAGCGGGGGUGGACACAAAGGAGAGUGGGCCACGGUGCUCUGAGGACCAAGGUCGAGAGGGCCAGGUCUGGUGCCCGCUGUGCUCAGGCCCCAGAGGUGGAGUCCUGGCGGAGGACCUCAGGCUGCGGGUGGGGCGGCUCCACCACCAGCUGGUGACACUGACUUGCCGGCUCCGCGACCAGGGCGCCCUGCACCAAGAACUGCACAUGUCCCGAGAGGAGGCUGCCAGGCUCCGGGAGGGGCUUCAAGAGCAGGAGAUACCCCCGGAGCUCAGUGCUUACAGCUGGGCUGCACUCCGCCACAAGAUCGCGCCCACUUUCUCCACUGUGGACUGUCCCCCUCCCUCCUCGCCGCGUUUUACCAUGAUUGUGCUGAGCCUUCUGGUGGAGCUGGUGCAGGGCUCUGCCCCCUGGGAGCCAGUGGGACAGACAUGGGACCCUGAGGGUGCUGAGGACCCAGGUGACUGCCAAGCUGACAGCUGCUCCACCACCUGCGAGCUCCUGAGCCUGGCUCGGAUCCUGGCUUUGCACCAAGAGCUCCGGCGGAGCAUCAACGGCCACCCCCGGGCCCUGCCGUCAGCCCUGGACAUGCACGUUUAG